AAAUCAAAUAUGAACUCUCGAGCACUCAUCAGAUUUUCAAAACCCACUUUGUGUCUGGUAAUAUUCUUCCUCUGCUUUUUAUUGUACUACCUUCCUUGUGCUUCAAGUCAAAAGGAACUUGGGUGGUGUGAGGCUCUGUUUCAGUGUGGGAACAUAACCGCUAGUUUCCCCUUCUGGGGUGGGAAUCGACCUCAAAAUUGCGGUCUUCCAUUGCUGGAGCUUCACUGCAAUAACAACAAUAACAGUACAACUUUAAUCAUCUCAGACAGAGAGUACUCUGUUUUCAAAGUAGAUCAAACAUCUUACACUCUUACACUUACCAGAACAGACCUACUAGGUUCUUUUUGCUCCGCUAAAUUCAGUACCACAACCUUGCCACCCGAUAUCUUUGAGCUUUUACCAACCUACAAGAACCUCACAGUUUCUUACCUUUGCGAUCCUCUUAAUCUUUACCUUUCAAAUUUUACAUGUCUUGAUAAGGGUAUUGUGUCAGUGUCUCCACGACCGGAGAAACAGUCUUUAUGUAAUCAGAGUUUCACCGUGAAUGUUCCGAUGAGUUUUUUCCCAGAAGAGAGAGAGUUUAGUUUAGAACAGUUGGAAAGUGUUCUCAGAAAAGGGUUCGAGGUAAAAGUGAAGAUCGAUGAGAUAAGUUGUCAAGGAUGUUCGUCCUCUGGUGGAAUAUGCAGCUUCAAUGGUACCACACAAGUUUGCUGCAAGACGACCUCACCGUCAGGAGUCAUUUGCGUACCAAAGCGUCAACUUAGUGCUGGUGAGCUUCACGGACUCUGCAGUCAGGCGUUUAUUUGCGGCAAUCAGAACAAUCUUUUGUACCCUUUCUGGAUUCCUGGCAGAGAAGAAUGCGGCCACCCGGACUUCAAGCUCAACUGUAUCGAAGGAUUCGCAGAGCUUAAUAUCGCCUCCGUGAAGUUCAGAGUCUUGGAGGCGAACUAUACAUCUCAUAUCAUAAGACUUGCAAGAACUGAUUAUAUCGGCCAUCUUUGUCCCCAAGAUCCUUCAAAUGCGCCAUUCGACGAAAACGUCCUCCGAUUUUCACCUGACACCGACCUGUUAACAAUUUAUUACGGCUGCCGAGACUUUUCAUUCUCAACGCCUGUAUACGAUCCUACUUACUUCAAAGAGCUUGGUUGUGAUGAUGAUCUAAACGGAAGAAGUUACUAUGUGACGAGAAACCUCUCGUCCCCGUUACUUGACGGGGUUAGAGACCUUUUAAAGAUCCUCAGGGUGUUUUGCACAAGAAACGUCACUAUUCCUGCGUCUGGACCUGCGUUGAACACACUACAGAGAUUUCAGACUUCAGAUAAUCUAAAGAAGGCUCUUGAACAGGGUUUCAAGGUUGGAGUUAACCGAGAAUGUUCCAUCUGCACAGACUCUGGGGGUGCUUGUGGAUAUAGUCAAGCCACAAGAGAGUUUGUCUGUUAUUGUAACAACGGGCCGUAUGACCAUACUUGCGGUUCUCGAAAGAGGAGUCAUGGUUCAAGCGUACUAGCGGGUGUUCUUGUGCUCCUGGUCAUAUUCACAUUGUUUCUCCGAUGGAGAAAAACAUCAGAUGAUCACAGACAACAUAAUCUAAAGACCCUUAUUCCACUGAAACACUAUAGUUACGCGCAAGUGAAAAGAAUUAUAAAGUCAUUUGCGGAAGGAGACAAUGGAAGGCUUGUCGGGGAUGGAAUCAGCAACGAAGAAGAGGAGAUAGCAAAGAAGAUGACUUUGGUUGGUCUGUGGUGUAUUCAGUCUUCCCCAUCAGAUCGCCCACCGAUGAACAGAGUGGUGGAGAUGAUGGAAGGAAGUCUUGAUGAUCUUGAAGUCCCUCCUCGGCCUGUUUUGCAAAUUCCCGUAGCGCCUUUUCCCGAAUCUUCUUGGAUUUCGGAGGAGAGUUCAAGCACCUCCGAGGUAUUGGCAUCCUCCACAAAUUGA